GAGGGCGGCGCCGCGGGGCGGGGGCUGAUGGGGUCUGGCGGACGGGCGGCGCCCGUGCGGGGCUCGCCUGGACGCGGGUGUGCGGAGGUGUGAGGGGGCGAGGCGGGCGCUGCGGCCCGCCCGGGAUGGGCCAGCCCUGGCCUGGCGGGGCCGAGCCGGAGGCGAGGGCGGCGUGCGGGCCAGGCCUGCCGGGCGGGCGGCCGGGGGGCUGAGGUAGAAGUGGGCGCGGAGGAAGGGGCCGAGCCAAGGCGGUGGGUGGAGCGGCGAGGGGGGCGGAGGCUGGGCCGCGGCGGGCGAGAGAAGCGCCGCGCCUGUCCGGGGCUCGGUGGCGGCGGCGGCGCCUGAGGAGGCGGAGGAGGCGGCGGGCCGGACGAGCGCCCGGAGGUGGCGGACGAGGCGCCGGGGGCCCCCAUGGGCGGGUGUGUGGGCGCCCAGCACGACUCCUCGGGCAGCCUCAACGAGAACUCGGAGGGCACCGGAGUCGCCUUAGGUCGUAACCAGCCUUUGAAAAAGGAGAAACCCAAAUGGAAAAGCGAUUAUCCCAUGACAGAUGGACAACUGCGCAGCAAGAGGGACGAAUUUUGGGACACCGCACCAGCUUUUGAAGGCCGUAAAGAGAUUUGGGAUGCCUUGAAGGCUGCUGCACAUGCUUUUGAGAGCAAUGAUCAUGAACUGGCACAAGCAAUCAUUGAUGGUGCAAACAUAACAUUACCACAUGGUGCACUCACAGAGUGCUAUGAUGAACUGGGCAACCGAUAUCAGCUUCCAGUCUACUGCCUGGCACCACCAAUCAACAUGAUAGAGGAAAAGAGCGACAUAGAGACUCUGGAUAUUCCUGAGCCACCGCCUAAUUCUGGAUAUGAAUGUCAACUCCGUUUGCGCCUUUCCACAGGCAAAGACCUCAAACUUGUGGUCCGCAGCACAGACACUGUAUACCACAUGAAGAGGAGGCUACAUGCAGCAGAAGGCGUGGAACCGAGUAGCCAGCGAUGGUUCUUUUCUGGCAGACCUCUUACCGACAAAAUGAAGUUGGAAGAGCUGAAGAUCCCAAAGGACUAUGUUGUACAAGUUAUAAUGAGCCAGCCUUUGCAAAACCCAACACCAGUUGAGAACUGAUUGGUCCUAUUGGCUGGUCCCAAGAUCCCGCCCGCUCCUUUUUAUUGUUGUCGUUGUCAUUUCCUACUCUAUGGCGUGAAAUUUAUUUUCACUGCUCUGAAUUCCGUAUGAAUGGAUUUAGUUCUGAGGAAUUACCAGUGAAAACUUCCAUCUGUGAUGGAGACCAACAAAAAUUAUUAAUAAAACACAAAGAGCCAGCCUUUGAGACUCAUGUAAUUAGUUUCUAAUUUGAAAGGCAGUUAAAAAAUAGAUAACCAUUUAUUUUAAAACACCCAACAAUGUAAUGACUGUAUUUAAAUGAUUUGGACUGUAAAUAGAAUGUUAUGUCCAUGAAGAACAGCACCAAGCACCUUGUGAAUACAGAUUAAAAUACAUAUAUAUAUAUACAUAUAUAUAUAAAAUAUGUUUGUGUGUGUGUAUAUAUAUAUGUAUAUGUAUUAUUUUUUUCCCCAAAAACAUCAAUAACAGUUAUAAAAUGAGCUUUUUAAAAUGGAAACUGAAAAGAGCAGUAUUUGAGGUUCACUUCUAUCUGGUCUGAAUUCUUUGCUCAAUUAAUAUUUAGCCAUAAAAGAGUAGAGACUGGCAAAUUGUGUUUCAGUAUUGCUUUCCCCAUCCCUGUAUCUUGAGCUCCUUAUUUACAUUCACACUAAAUUUUGAUGCCUUCCAACACAUUGGUGGCAGGUAACCUUCUGGAACACUAGGCAAUAAUUUAGUGCAGUCAGAUCUCUGAUUUUCAGCUGAUACUCAGUUGAAAAUUCUCUUGUUCCUUUGCUGCAUAGAUAUUUUGAAAUGUCUGUAUAACAAAGCUGUUUUUAUAUCCAGGCUUAGAGGGUCACUACUAUAUUAUACCUUCAUCGAUCUACCUAUUCUGCUUGGGACUUUUCAGCGCAUGCCCCCAAAUGCACUGGGCCAGGGAAUGCAAGGAAUCAAGGACAGAUGUUCGAACUAUAAGAUAACACAGUCAAUUUUCUCUUCCUCCCAGUUUGCAGGAAGGUUUUAAGGAAAACCAGUUGUAUCUGUGCCUGGGAGAACUGUGCCUAUUUUCAGUCUUUUAGAGAAAAUAUCAACUCCUAAUUCACUGGUACGUGUAUGGACAUCACUUAAACAUCAGCAAUGACACCAAAUGACGAAACAUUGCUUUAUAUGUUAACUUUCCAGUUCACUGUUACCUCUACUUGGGGUAGAUGACAGUUUUCCUCUCUCGUCUUUCCUAGCAAAAAGUCAAAUGAAGAGCCAUCUGCAGAUUAGAUGAGAGGACUGAAAAAUCUGGUGAGAGCACCUGAUUCUCUCACACUAUAUUGGAAUAAAGCUGCCAAGGGUUAUAUUUAAUUUGGGGCCUUUGAAAAGUUAGUUCCAGAAAGAAGAGGGGGACUAUCACAUAAUCACUGUAGCCCCGAGACUGUGAUACGGCAAAGUAGAGGCAAGAAGGUACGUACUCUGCUCUCAGUUGGGAAAUAAUCAGACCUCCACGCCUAUUUGGAUGUGAAGCACUAUUAAUUUUAAUGGCAAAAUGAAACUGCUAAUUAGUUUAAAUGUAAAGUUUAAAAUGGUAUUAAAUUUACUAUAGCCUGGUUAGAUAUAAUAUCUAUAAUUAUAACCUACCCUGUUUCUGAGAGCUUUAACUACUUCCUUUUCUUUAUGCAAUCAUUUUAAAGAUUGUGGCUAUAUUCAAUUUAGGGUUGUUGACAAUUGAAUCUAAAUUCAAGAGACGACAGCAAUGGUAAUUCCAAAGGAGUAUUUUUAUAUUUGAAGGUGGGGCUUUGAGGGUGUUUGAGCAUAAUGCCCCUGUCUUCAAAGAGUUUGUUACUUGUGUGCUACAUGGAAUAGCAACAGUUCUCAAAGUUUGACAACUGGAAAAGUGUUCAAACCUAUUUUUCCUAAGUUGAAUUGGGUGAUAUCAUCAAUAAUCUAUGGUAGCUAAGAAGGUUUUGUGUAGAAUUUGAGCUCUCCUAAGAAUUUUGUUUUAAAGGUACAUAUACUUUGCAUAACGAUUUUCUGGGCAUGUUUAACUAACCUGGGUGAGAAAACCAUGGUGCUGUUUAAUGUAAAUAGAUUGAUAUAAGAUUGGACCAAUACUUGAUGUGUACAAUUUUAGUAUGUAGGGUUUUUGUGCUUUUUAAAAAAAAAAAAAAAAAGUUCAAUUUUUCUCUU